GACAUUAGCAGAUCUACGGAGCGUGCUUGCUCCAUUCCCUACCACUCUGGUGACUUCGACUGUCGCCAGCAGGCCCCUACCAGUCUAUCCACCCCGUGACCCCAGAGCUCUCUUCCUCUUGGCUAACCCCUACAAACUGUCACCAUCAAUCGAGAUGUUGCCGAGCCGCGAUGUAGACCGUGUGAUCGACGCUCGUAUGGCAGCGUUUGUGGAGGCGACAGUGCAGGUGGGGGAGGACUCUGUCACCGUACCAGUCACUCUGUGUCACUACAUCGACUAUGUUACGCUGACACAAGGCACGGAGAGUGAGUACAGUGUGGACAACAUUAGCAACUCCAGCCGCGAGCACAUCACCGACUUCCUCAAGGAGUUCCUGAAACGCGAUGAUAUGGCUGGAAAAGAGAUAAUCAUUGAAAAGGACGUAGCAUUGACUGUUAGCAAGAGUUACUCAACUGUUAUUUUGACCAAAGAUGGUCGUCAUGAAAGAGAUGAUGAGAUUUGGAAGUCAAGAUAUACAAGGCCGGAAGUUUUAAAAUACCUCUUUAUGAGAAAUACGCUCUUGGGUCAGAUCGUGGAGAAGAUCCACUGUAUAGAGUCGGGCGUAGAGACUGUGAGGACGCCCGCCGCGACAACACCUCUGGAGCGGGAACUAAUGAGUGAGGAUACAUGUUGUCUGGCUGCACUAUAUGAGGAUAACGUGAUGAGGGCGGCAUUGGAAUCAACGGUAGACAGCGAUAGGCUGUGGCUGUGGCUCGACACCGCCGUGCUGCAACAGGACUGGCAGGCUUGUCUUGACAUGCUGUCCUCUAUCCCAGAGAAACACGCAAAGACUGACCCUCGUUAUCGACACUUUCGUGAUUGGAUUUUGGAGCAGCUGUCGCCCACACGUGAUGGAUGGAGGUAUUGCCAGAACAUGGAAGACCCCCAGAGACUGUGCCAGCAGACCCUGGCUAACCUGGACAAGUGGCCUCUGCAGGGUUGUAUCACCGUGCUCAACGUACUGCUCUCGUUGGACUCUACUGCACUGUCACUCUCCGACCUGGCCAGGGCAAGGGAGCUGCAGACCAGCAUGCAGACUACCAGCAAGGUGACACAAGCUUGCACAUUGACCUCCACAGAUGAUGUCUGGGAAGUGCUGGAGGAGCUGCUCAAGUGUGAGGAAGUGCACCUUGCCUUACAAUGGUUCUACCACAGUGAUCUCAUCAAUGUUGAGCAUUCCUCCAACAUGCUGUUGCUGAUAGGUCAGUUGCUGCUGGAGCUGCUCGAGAGAGGUCAAGACGUGAGUGCCCAGGAACUACUACAGUUGCUGCCGUCCGAGCUGGCAGUUCAGAUCUGUGAGAGUAUCCUGGCACGAGCGCAAUCUGUCAGUUGCCUGCAGCAGAUAGUGCACUUCCUGCAGUCACAGGUCACCAAGCCUUCGCAGGCACUCCGAUAUACCCACUACGACAUCGGCAUACACAUGCUCAACCACAUCCCCUGGCAGGAACAGGAGUGGUACAGAGACCUCGCCAGCCAGCCAGAGCUGUUGGUGGAACAGCUGUUGAUGUCAACAAGAAUAUCUACGCUGGAAGAGAUUCUGGUAGCGUUGCGGGGACGGCUUAGCUCGCUACCUCCUGGCUCCCCACUGUCACCCCCCCUGCCUGGAUGCACUGUUACGCCGCUACGCUGCUCGAGCUGUGGACGUCCGUGUGCGCACCAGGGAGCUCCCCACGCAGCGCCAACUCACCCCGGAGAUACCGACCAAGUUCACACCACCUGACACUCCCCCUACCAAGCAGGAAUGGGUUGCCAAUGACGAGGUGACCGAGUGUAUGUGCUGCCAGUCCACCAGGUUUUCCAUGUUCAACAGGCGGCAUCACUGCCGGCGAUGUGGGCGAGUUGUCUGCGGUAACUGCUCCCCUCACCGUUUC